AUGGGAGCAUCUCGAACGCUCCACCUCUCACCACAGAUCGUGCUCGCCGGAGCUUCCCGCCUCCUCCGCUGCCUGCCCCGCGGUGUCGCCGUCAAGUGCUCCAUGGCGGCGAAUACGGUGAAGGUGGCCGCCGCGCAAAUGAGCUCCACUAAUGACCUGAUGACCAAUUUCGAGACCUGCUCCCGUCUGACCAAGGUAAAAAUUCGGUCAAGCCUGCUGACUCCGCGUAACGGAGAAUUGGUAGGAGCUCCGCUGUAACUACUCGAAGAGUCUUUCAGGCGGAUAUCUGUAUUUGGAUUUUCAUCCACCAGUUUGAUCCUAUGAUAGCUCAAUGCUGCUCGUGUCAACAGAGGACCUAAGUCUUGGACGACCGCAUUGCAGAUUGGAGCUUUUAGUUCCGCCCUACCUAGUUCAUUCUACCAUGACCGCUUAACGUGCAUUCGUUUUGUGACAAAUAUUUCUGCGAAAUGUUGGAUGAUUGCUAUCCCCAAAUGAUCACUCGGUGAAUUUCCUCUAGCUUGUUGCAUCGUUUCAGUUAAACAGUCAUUUAUUUAAACAAAACAACCCGAAAGAAGCUGUGCUUCAAGUUUUCAUGCCAUUAUCUCCCCGGUGAUCCUGUAUCCAAUGAUAACACUUGAAUUGUGGUCUUUAGGAGGCAGCAGCUGCUGGAGUGAAAUUGAUAUGUUUUCCUGAAAACUUCUCCUUUAUUGGAGCCAAAGAGGGGGAAUCUCUCAAGAUAGCUGAAAGUUUAGAUGGCCCUAUCAUGCAAAGAUAUUGCUCACUAGCAAGGUAAAGGACUAUGCAGUCCUACACUUGCUGGCCUGAUACUUUAUUUUCUGUCCAAUACCCUUGAGCUCAGAUUUGGCCGUUACAGCUUGACCCUUGCUUUCAGUGGAUUCUAGGCUUUCUGCGGGGAAUCUUUCCUUCCAUCUGUAACAUGGGAUAUAAACAACUAUUUCUCAUAAACGGUCUCUGAUCUCCUUGUAAUUUUCUUUUCUCAACUCCCUCUCUGUAUACAUCUACAUAUAUCAACGUCCAUAUAUAUACAUUUCUGUCUCUCUGCACACAGAAAAAGAAUUGGCUGCAUCUUUUGCAAAAAUAACUUGGGCCAGAGUCGAGUAAAAGGGUAGAUAGAUUUUUUGUUUUCUAGUUCUUGUAUGCCAAAAUGUUAAUCCACGUUUAGGCGUUCUGUUGCUGUUGGGGGCUUUAGUCAAUCUGUUUUCCAGUUUUUCCUGCUCUUUGUUUUUCAAUCCCUGUCUGCCAGGGAACAUUUAUAUUUCGUAGUAAUGUAACAGAGGUCGGUUUCUCUUAAUGGUUUUCGUGUGAAAAAAAGUUAAGCCUUGUUACCCCCACUAAUUGUUCUUCGCUUAUGUCUUGCAGAGAUGCAAAAACUUGGUUGUCUCUUGGAGGUUUCCAGGAAAAAAGCCUCGAUGACGGUCAUAUAUGUAACACCCAUGUUCUUAUUGAUGACUCCGGGAACAUCAGAAACAAGUAUCAGAAGAUACACUUGUAAGAAGGAUUCUUACCUAAUGUUUUUGACUUUGACAUUCAUUCAUGUGAAUUUCCUACUAGAUUUCUUGUUCAUGGUUCUCUCAAAGUUUGUCAUACUGUAGCAGGAUAUAAACUAAGGCCUUGUAAGAAAAGUAUCAGAAGCUAUGCAAGAGUAUCUGGGAAUGUUACUGAUGUAUGUGGGGUUAAUAAAGUGUAUGUGACCUGUGAAUGUAUGGGGUCACCACCCUGUUUUGUCUUAUGAAAAAGUGGUCUCAACUGUUUUUUUUAUGAUGCAUCCUUUUCAACAAAAAAUGUAGACAAUCAAGAAGAAACUGUGCUAGUGAGCAAUUGGCACGUAUUGCUGACAAAUUCAAAUGAAUUCAUCUUGGGGCCAAGUACUAUAUCACUUUUUUCCAUUGACAUUGUUGAAUGUAAAUUAUUUAUUCUUCAAAAUUAAAUUAGUUGCAUCUAGUGACCAAAUCUUAUUUGAAGAUGUAUUUUUGAGACACUCAGUAAAAGAACCUGAAAUGUGCAUCUCCAGCUAUGUCUUCAUACUUGUGAGAAAUCCUCCCAUUAAUAUUUGAAGCUAUGUGAGGUGUAUUUUUCUCCACAUAUACAUUAGAAAUGGGAGGAUUUGAUAAAACUGAUGGCUUUGAUGACCUGAAAUCUUGAUUUUUCCUUUAUUCAGUGUACAUUCGUUACCACCAAAAGACAUGUAUCCCUAAAAAUAUUUUUUGACAUUUUAAUCUCUUCAUUUUCAGGUUUGAUGUUGAUGUCCCUGGAAACAUGGUGUACAAGGAAGGCAGUUUUACCACACCAGGUGUGCCCCGACACAUUUUUCUUUUUACAUUUUCUUUUAGAGUGAUUUGUACCAUUUUCUUUCUUAUUAAUGGGUCUGUAUUCUAUUAUUUUAUUGACUGGAUUUGUUGAAGUUAGAUGAAAACCAAAACUCACAAAAAAUCAUGAGUGAGUUUUCAAUUGAACGUAUUAAUUGUGUAGAAGGCAGUGGAGGUGAAAUUAUUUAAAGCAUACGAGUCAAUUGUUUAGAGAUUCUCCCAGGUCUUAUAGAAUUGGCCAAUUUGUGGGAUUUUUUUUCAGACUAUAAAUUUUACUGGGAAAGUACCCUGCCAAAAUAAGUUUUGGGAUAAUGCCACAUAUGCCGCAUUUUGAUCUUGAAUGGCAUAUCAUCAGGCUGCCAAUCUGGUGGUCCACUGAGUUCUGGGGGUGUAGCUAAAGUCACCCUUGAGAGGAGAGUCCAUUUUAAUUGCCCUCAAAAGCCACCUUUCUCAAGUAUGGCUAGCUCAUCAGUGCACCAUUUUAGCUUCGUAGUUUCCCUUGAGAAGGCCGAAUGGCAACCGCCCUAGGACCUAGCCACCAUCCACAGGGCAUCUAUUUUCUGACAGAUGCCCCCGUUACUCAUUGGGCCUUUCUUCUAUGAAAAUCGCCUCUGACACGAGCAACCUCCUUUCUUUUGUUAAUGAUGUUGAGAUUGCAUAGGUUGAGCAGUCUCUAACAGAUACGUACUUUCCUCUAACCACGUUAUUUUUUGGAAAGUAUGAAUACCUGAGGAUUCAUGAGUGAUGCUUUCAUCCUAAAAAACGCAUUCAAGGUAACUGAAUAGAAUGUCUUUAAGGACUGAUGCUAGGAGUUGUCGUGGCUCACAAAACCAUUUUCUAUAUAAUGUCUUUAAUCAAUGCUUCCAAGAAUCUAAAGAGCUUUUGAUUAUCAGGAAGUGAUAUCAUUGUGGAAGACAGUCCUGCUGGGCGUUUAGGUCUCACAGUAUGCUAUGAUUUAAGAUUUCCGGAGAUUUAUCAGGAGCUGCGAUUUCAGCACCAAGCACAGGCAUAGCUCUCUAGUUUUUAUUUAUUAGUUUUGUUUGUUGGUAAUCUUAGUUCAUGAAAGGGACAUCGUUAUUAACACCUGUGUUUCGUGAAAAAGGUCUUGCUGGUACCGUCAGCUUUUACAAAGGUAACUGGUGAGGCACACUGGGAGAUCCUUCUCCGGGCUCGAGCAAUCGAGACACAAUGCUAUGUAGGUCCAUCUAUUUGUGGCAUUUUGUGCUUCUCUUCGUAUAGACACUCUGCAAAAUCUAGAAUAUUGCCAUUUUUUUUUAUCAAUAUCCGUCCCUAUUGUCGACUGUUAAUUAUGUUGAUCGAUGCAAGAUAAUUGUAAAAAGGCUAUGUGAAUUGCUGAGAUCGGACCUUUCUCUCUCUCUCUCUCUCUCUCUCUCUCUCUCUCUCUCUCUCUCUCUCUCUCUCUCUCUCUCUCUCUCUCUCUCUCUCUCUCUCUCUCUGUCUCCCACUCUCUCUUCCCCUCUCACUCUCUGUCUUCCUCUCUCUCUUCCCCUCUCACUCUCUGUCUUCCUCUCUCUAUUCCCCUCUCACUCUCUGUCUUCCUCUCUCUUUCUCUCACUCUGUCUUCCUCUCUCUCUCUCCCUCUCUCUAUCAAUAUCCAUCCCUUUUACUUUUUUUGGAUAUCAGAAGAGGGAGCCAUGAUUAUUAAGAGUGGGUCUUCCCGAUUCCAGUAGUUGUGAAAUGAACCAGAGCUCUAGAUGGUAUGUGGUGUUAUAGAGUCUUAGAUGCUGAUCUCAGUAUGCCUCUUGAUUUCAUCUUCUCUCCUAUCUGACGGAUUUAUGUGAGCUAUAGAGUAUGUAUAUAAAUCAUCUGAUGUUCUCAUAAGGUCAACUAUUUACAGAAAUCAUCUGCUAUUUAUUAUCACUUCUAUUCAAAAGAUUUGAUCUGGCCAAUCUAUAAGUAAAUGUCUCUUUUAAUGGUGUCAGGUCAUCGCUGCUGCCCAAACUGGAAAGCACAGUGAGAAUAGGGAAAGCUAUGGAGACUCUCUGAUCAUCGAUCCAUGGGGAAGGAUCAUCGCUCGGCUACCAGGUGUACAUUUUUAGAAUAAAUGAUAGCAUUCAAAGCAUAUCAUUAAAACCACACUUAUUCCAAUGUUUUAAUACCACAUAUCAUUUUUUCUCUCGUUAUAAUUACCUAAAAAAGAAAGUAUUCGCUGGUCAAUUUCCUAUCUUGUCAUUGAAAGGCUGAUCAAUAAUCAUCAUGCAUUGCCACAAUUCAUUGGCUGAGCCAGAGAUUAAGGACACUACCUGUUACCGUCAGUUGACUCUCCUCAUACUUCGUCCGCCAUUUCAGACCGGCUCUCCACGGGAAUCGCUGUCGCCGACAUUGACUUGUCUCUGAUCGAAUCUGUCCGCGCCAGGAUGCCCAUUUCUGAGGCUCUCUCUCUCUCUCUCUCUCUCUCUCUCUCUCUCUCUAUCCACUGCCAUUUUUACCAUGCCACGCGUUGACCUUGUUCUUAUUCGAGCACUGUAUUGCAGCAUAGAAGACCAGACAUUUACCGGCGUUCUGCCUGA